AUGCGGGUUUUGAAUGUGGCGGAAAAGCCAUCCGUGGCCAAGGAGAUCUCCGCGAUCUUGUCCCAAGGUGGAUGUAGAAGGAGAGCGGGGCAGUCGCAGUACAACGCCAUCUUUGAGUUCCCGUACCAAAUCAACAACCAAAACGUCGACAUGGCAUUCACAUCGGUAACAGGUCACUUGAUGGAGUUGGAGUUUGCUCCCAGUCAUCGGAGUUGGAAGUCAUGCGAUCCCGUCGAACUGUUCACGGCCAAGAUCGAGAAAAAGGUGCGCGGGGAUCAAAAGCCCAUUGAAGCUACAUUGCGCACCGAAGCUGCCCGCGCCCAGUGGUUGGUGCUGUGGUUGGAUUGCGAUCGAGAAGGGGAGAACAUUGCGUUUGAAGUCAAAUCCGUGUGCGAGAACGUAAAUCGACGGCUGCGGGUGUUUCGCGCGCGCUUUUCGGCGCUCAUCCCCCGCGACAUCCAACAUGCCGUGCAGCAUCUCGUCCAACCCAACGAGAACCUAUCGUUGGCAUGCGACGCGAGGAGCGAGAUCGACCUCCGCCUUGGCGCGGCGUUCACUCGCUUUCAGACCAUGCGCAUCCAAAAGAAGUUUCCGCGCAUCCAUACGCAAAACGCCGCCUCGUCGUCAUCAUCUUCGAAUACCGACAACAAGGUCGUGAGCUUUGGGUCGUGCCAGUUUCCCACGCUCGGGUUUGUCGUGGACCGGUUCCUGGCCAUCGAAGCGUUCGUGUCGGAGCCGUUCUACUCGAUCCACGUGGCGCAUGCGAUCCCGGACAUCGGCUCCAUCGCGUUCACGUGGGCGCGCCAUCGCCUCUACGACCACGUCGCCACCCUCGCGCUGUUUGAGACGUGUGUGGAAGCCAAAGUCGCCACCGUCACGUCCAUAACGCGGAAAGACACGUCCAAGCGCAAGCCGUUUCCACUCACAACCGUCGAGUUUCAAAAGCGCGCGUCCAGAUGGCUACGCAUUACGUCCGAGGAAGCAAUGGCGGCGGCGGAAUCCCUCUAUAACAAGGGCCUGCUCAGCUACCCCCGUACAGAAACGGACAGUUUCAAAGAAGGCACGGACCUGACGGCACUGCUCACGCUGCACCUCACGCAUGACACGUGGGGCGGGUACGUGGGGCAGCUGCUCCAUCACGCCAAGUACGAGCACCCGCGGACCGGCAAGCACGACGACCACGCGCAUCCGCCCAUCCACCCGACCAAAUCCGUCGCGUUGACAUCGCUGCAUGACAAGGAGCGCAAGGUGUACGAGUUCGUGACGCUGCACUUUCUUGCGUGUUGCAGCAUGGACGCCAAGGGGCACCAGACGACGGUGCACAUGCAGAUGGCGGACGAGCGCUUCUCCGCCAGUGGGCUCAUGAUCCUCGCGCGGAAUUACUUGGACAUUUACAGGUUUGAAAGCUGGAGCAACUCGGUGAUCCCUGUGUACGACAAGGGCGACGUGUUUGUGCCGACGGCGCUGACGCUCCAGGCGGGGGAGACGGCGCCGCCGCCGCUGCUCACCGAGUCGGACCUGAUUGCCAAGAUGGACAUGCACGGCAUCGGCACGGACGCCACCAUCGCCGAACACAUCAACACGAUCCUCAAACGAGAAUACUCGAUCAAAGUCAACAACAACACCCAGUUCAAGCCCACGGACUUGGGGCUGGCACUGGUGCAAUCAUACGAUAAAAUGGGGUACCAGUUGGCGAAACCGGAUCUACGCGCUGCGAUGGAGCGGGAUUGCACGGCCAUUUCCCAAGGCCAAAAGACCAUGGACCAGGUCAUUCGGUCGUGCAUGACGCAGAUGCGAACGAUCUUUGAAAGCGUCGUGAGUAAAAGCAAUAUCUUGGACGAAACUUUUGGUCACUAUUUCGGCAUCCAUCGUACUGCCCAUCCCCACAAUAACAGUGACAUUGCCCAAUCUUCGCAAGUGAUGGCCAGCCAAGUCAGUCGUUGCGGCACUUGCGGCACGUCCAACAUGGAAUGGAGGAAAUCCCUCGACGACCCGUCGACCCUGUUCUUGUCGUGUCCGCGCUGCAUGAAAUCGUAUGGCCUGCCCAUGCACUCGUCGGUCGUGGCCAUGGCCAACACGUUCUGCCCCCUCUGCCAAUUCCAGGUCGUGGAGAUCCACCGCGUGACCAACCCCCAGCACCCGUACCCCGUGUGUCCGCACUGCUUUAACCACCCGCCCAACCCGCGUCUGCAGGAGAUGGCAUGCUUCAGCUGCGCCGCGCCGGCGUGCGCGCUGGCCACAGGCGCCCAGGAUCAGUGCGUGGUGCAGUUCUGUCCAUGUUGCCGAUCGCAUCCCAUGAAGCUCAAACGCACAAAGAACGCCAAGUUCACAGUCGGGUGCGUCGACUACCCCGCAUGCACCACGUCCGUGUGGCUCCCGUCCGCGGUCAAGGUGGCCGUCGUCACGACCGCGUUGUGCCCCGCCUGCUCGAACGUCCAUCAAAUGAUCUACAAAUUGCGCCUCCGAUUCGCGCCGGGCGCGCUCCCGCCAGAUGUCCAUCAAGGCACGAGCAAUGACGACAACGGCGAGGUGGAUGGGUUUUACGAAGCGUGCUUGUUCUGCGAUCCGUUGCUGCAGCAACUGUUUGCGAUUCGAUUGCCAUUGUCGUCGACAUCCCGGCUACCAGGAACGCCUGCCGCCGCCAUGCCAAGGCCGCAGAUUGACCAGUCGUAUGCACGGAUGACAGCUGGUCGUACAAGUGCCAACAACAACAACGAGUACAUGCAAUCGAUCACGAAUCCAGGAAAGAAGCGCACUCGAACACCAAAGCCAACGAACGGCGCGUCGGGAAGGAACGACGAUGACGGCCGGCGCAGCGAUGUCCCCAUGUGCCCAGGGCAUCAAGCUGCAUGUGCGACGCGGGAAGUACGAAAAGACAACGAGAACAAAGGCCGCAAGUUCUACUGCUGCAGCUACCCCCAAGGCGAGCAGUGUGAGUUCUUCCUCUGGGUGGAUGCCGCCGACACAUACACGGCACCGGCGUCGUCGUCGUCCUCCUCCUCCGGCGCAGCAUCUCGCUCGAAGAAGAAACCCAAAGCAGGUGCUGCAUCGAACCAAGUGACAUGCACAUGUGGCGCUCCCGCCUUGGAACUGACCUCCCGCACCGCCAACAACAACGGCCGCGUCUUUUACAAAUGUGCCAAGCAGGCCGACAAUUGCAACUUUUUCGAAUGGGCUGACCCGUGAGAAUUAUAACAGUGUUAUACACAUGUUAUACCAAUAUCUGAGUGCUAUAACAAUGCUCAAUAUGUCAAAG